AAAUAAAUAGUCCUAACAAACUUCUUCGGUCAUUCCCGGCUUUGCGGGCAGAAAUGGUGAAGCGGACAGCGCUCGCCAUCAUCAGGAUGAUACCCGACGAUGUCUACGCAGACAUCAUACGACACGCUCUAUGACCAUAACGUAACAUAACUACACCUUUCUCAAAGGUGACACGAUAUGUUUCUCUACGAGUUGCGCUCAUAUGACAUACCCAGGUUUUCUUUUUCUUUUUUUAAAAAAGAGUAUCGGAUCAUACCGUUUUACAUCUUUUUAAUAAUGUCUCCAACAAACUCGACGAUGAUGAUUGUUUCAAAAAGCCAACUGUGGAAUCUCGACCAUCCUAGAAAGAAUUCGGGAUAUUUCCUUCAACAUGGACCAGGUUCUCUUUUGUCAAGAGGCACACUUAUAUAUAAAGUAAGACGGCCCUUGCAUAUAGAUUUCUCCAAGGUAAAGAGAAAAGGAAGGCUUAUUUUCUUCAGGGGGUACUCAAAAGGAGUGGAGUGGAGUGAUAUAUACUUUUUGUCUUUUUGUCUUUUCUUAUUUUUAUUUUAUGCCAUGUUUCUUUUACUAUUCACUUCUGUACUAUACUAGACGACACGGGCGAAGACGAUGACGACGACGACAACAAGGGAAGCGAAAUGAAAAAGGAAGUCGAGGGCCGGCUUACGAUGAUGCAAAUGAUGCUAUGUUUACGAAGCGAAACCCCCUUAUUUGGUUUUUUGUUCUUUGUUCUGUUUCGG